AUGGAUCAGAUAGAUGAGAUUGAUAAAGCCGGCACUGAAGCAGAAGACAGGGUGACAACUGAGCAAAAAUAUUUCUCUAUUCUCGCGGGCCUACAGCGUAAGAUGGACGAGUUAUUGUUAGGCCCCCCUCCUCUCAGAUCAAAUAGCGCUCAGUCAACUGCUAAGGUUAGGCUUCCGGAUAUCACCAUGCAAACGUUCUGCGGGCCAUUCUCUGAGUUCAACUCGUUCUACCAGCUCUUCGAGACGCUAAUAGUGAACAAUGAAGAACUCAAUAAUGUGCAACGAUUUAUUUACCUUAAAUCGUUGCUGCGAAAUGAACCCCUCCAGUUGAUCGACAACAUCGAAGUUAUCGACGAAAAUUUCGAUAUAGCUGUAAAAACUCUCAAAGAUCGCUACGAGAACAAAUCGCGAGUGAUUAGCUUACACAUUCAAAAAUUGUUAAAGGCUCCAUCUCUAGUUAAAAGUAAUUCAAAGGCAUUACGCGAAUUUUUAACUCUAGCUCAGCAGACGCUGCUCGCUUUGAAAAAUAUGUCCGUACCAAUUGAGCAUUGGGAUUUACUAUUAAUUGAAAUAUUUUUACAAAAAUUAGAUUUUGCUACACAUAGUACCUUUGAAUAUGAUAUUGGGACAAAGACCUUACCUACCCUUUCACAGUUUUUUAAAUUUCUCGAGAAAAAGUGUGAUAUUCAGGAAAAAUUAAAGGUUUCAGAUCAUGAUAAAAAGGUUAAUAACAGGUCUAAAUCAAAAACAUCUUUCUUCUCAUCAGUUGACCAACCAUCACACUCUUUCUCUGAUAAUAAUUGUACUUUUUGUAGAAGUAAUGCUCAUAAGGUUUAUCAGUGUAAUGAUUUUAAAUGCCUCUCUUUACAGGAAAAAUUUAAUUUUGUAAAAGGUAAGAAACUGUGUUUUAAUUGUUUGGGUAGUAAACAUUUCUCUCAAGAUUGCGGCUCUACUCGAUCAUGUACUUUGUGUGGGGGUCAUCAUCACUCAUCCCUCCAUGGAACCUCUGAAAAUGUCUCUUCCUCUAGGAACAUCAAUAGGCAAGCUCUCUCUCGUGAGCGCAAUGCUCAAACUCCUCAAAAUUCUCAAGGUGCCUCUCGUGUUGUCGCUCCCAUAUCUACUCAGCGUUCUUUUAAUAAUCGCAGCUAA